AACAGAAGAGUAAUAUAUAUUACAAAACCAAAUAAAAACAUUGAGUUUUCAGUUUUUCUCACGGCGGAGAUUAAUCAUCUCCGACACUCUUUUCUUCAAUGCCGAUAGCAAAACCGAUCAAUCAAAACAACACUGCUCAAUAUCCACCGCCACAUUACAAUAAACCACCUCUAGUCAUAAUCCUAACCGUGAUCCUCCUCGUCGUCUUCUUUAUAGGUUUCUUCGCUCUCUAUUUUUGCAAAUGUUUCUUCCACACUCUCACCGAAGCUUGGAACCACCAUUACCGCAACGGCUUGUCCGAAAAUCAAAACCAAGCAAACCAAGACAAUAAUCCCGCUCCACCACCAGUUAACCCUGGUCUUGAGCCACACAUCAUCCAGUCCUUCCCUACGUUUCCAUUCUCAUCAGUCAAAGAUCUCAGGGAAGACAAAUACGGUCUUGAAUGCGCGAUUUGUCUUCUUGAAUUCGAAGAAGAACACAUCCUCCUUCGACUCUUGUCAACAUGUUACCAUGUUUUCCAUCAAGAUUGCAUUGAUAAGUGGCUUGAGUCUAACAAAACAUGCCCUGUAUGUCGCCGGAACCUAGAUCCAAACGCGCCCGAAAACAUCAAAGAACUGAUCAUCGAAGUCAUACAAGAGAACGUACAUGAAAACCGCGAUGAAGCGUCAACUUCAAAUGAGGUUAUGUUGUCGAGACAAAGUAGUAACAACGAGGGGAAGAUUGAGAAGUUACCGGAUAAAUUCUCGAGAUCGAAAACGACUGGUCAUUCAAUAGUGAGGAAUAAACCGGAAGAAGAGGAUAGGUAUACUUUGAGGUUACCGGAUCAUGUUAAGAUAAAGGUUAUGAGAAGACAUAAUAAUAAUCAAACAGAGAGUUGUAUUUCGUUUGGUGAGCUUAUGAGGAACAGAGGAGGACGGUUUGGUGAAGUUUCUGGUCAAUCACUUGUAGCGGAAUCAGCAAGUUAA